AUGGACUCCCCGUCACGCGCACACGUGGCGCUCCUGGCGUUUCUUGUGUUAGCUGCUAUCACGUGCAUAUACUUGUUCUUCCAGUCUGCUCCCAAGGCCGAGUUUACCGAGUGUACCCCGAUUUCGGUAUCCUACGUUAUUCAAGGUGUUUUGCCCACGUGGUUAAAUGGACGCAAUGACAAACUGGGCACUGUUCAGGGACUCUGGCUCUGUGCCAGUCAGUACCGCGACCACCACGCAGGCUUUGUGCUCAGCAGCUUUUGCAUCGUGUACAUCACACUGCAGACUUUUGCAAUCCCGGGACCUAUUGUGCUGAGCAUUUUGGCUGGGGCGAUGUACCCAUUUCUAUACGCCCAUGUCCUCGUGGCAUUUUGUGCAACAACGGGCGCGUCGCUGUGCUUUCUGCUUUCGUACUUUGUCGGACGUGGAGUCUUUAGUCGCGUGCUUGCCAGCAUGCUCGGACGGUUCAAGGCCAAAAUUGCUCAAAACCGGCACCACCUGUUUUACUAUUUGCUCUUCUUGCGGAUCACGCCGUUGCUGCCCAAUUGGUUUGUCAACAUUGCGUGUCCCCUUGUGGACGUCCCGUUCAAGGACUUUUUCUUGGCGACACUGAUUGGCUUGAUUCCAGCGAAUUUCCUGCACAUCUCGACGGGUGCGGCACUUAAUAGUGCAACAGGCGCCUCGAGCGGCUCGAAUGCAGUCAACUUUGCUGUACUUUUUUCGCUUCAGUUUGUUGCACUGCUGCCGACGCUGAUGAAGAGCAAGAUCGAAAAGUACGAGAAGGAGGCGUUCGAGAAGGCAGAAAAAAAAGUAGAGUGA